AUUGGCGAAAGUCUCCCAGUUUAACAAAGACUUGACGCCUCGAUUGACAAGCGCAAGCAACAAGCAGUUGCUGGGAACGAGUUUCAGUUUUCCGAAGAAUUUCCGCAAUGCCUGGCAACGAGUGGGUGAACGACUGAAAAGGGGAGCAAGACUCAUUCCUGGUACUGAAUGCGAGUGGAG